GAGAGGCCUCCCUGGACGGCCGUGGGGUUUGGAUCGUGCCCUUUUUGUUCAACAGCCCCAGCCAUCCUGAAAACGAAAGUGAGCAAAGAAGUCCUUUAUGCAAACUCUGGCUGCUCCCUGCUAUAUGCUCUUGUAUGAAAUCCUCGCCGCCUUUGUUCUGCUCAGCAGCCUGCUGGGGACCUCGGGCACUGGGAAGUCAGGUCUUGCAGCCCCCAUAAAGGUUUCCUCCACCCUGUCGGCAUUUCUGUUGCAUUUGUGCCUCGACAAGGGAACGCACAGGACAGAAACCCUGCCCUGGGUUGCAGCUGCAUUGCAGCCGACUGGUCACAAGGUCCCAUGGCUGGAAACUGGCACCUAGCAGGGGAAAUGCUGUGGACUCGAGGGAUCCUCCUCCUGGUGUGCCUUUGGUUCUCAAGUCUGGAUCAAAAUCUAGCAGAUGCAAGGGAAAUAACACCGAAUAUGAUGCCUGAUGCUGUGGAUGACCAAUACUAUGGGUGCACUGAUGACAUGGAACGUAAAGCACCAGCCCUGCUGGAGCAAGAGUUGAAUGGAAGUAAACAAUUUAGGAAGCAAUGGGAGAAUACAGCCACGAAAUGGGAGAAAGUGACGGCAGAUCAUUCUAUCCAAUUCCCCCCAGACUUCACUGAAUCCCACGGGAGAGCAGUAAUAGUGUAUACUGACAAGAAAUUUCACACGGACUUCAUGAAUGCAGUGAAGAAGAAUGGCAAAUCUUCAGCCUAUUACAAAGCAAAUUUCAAGUUCAAAGCCGUCCAUUACUACUUGACAAGAGCUUUACACCUCCUCAGAGAGAAGGCAGAGUGGAGGUACACAGAUGUGGUGUACAGGGGAACUAAGGAUAUCUAUCAGUACAAAGAAGGUGAGGAAAUCAGGUUUGGGCACUUUACCGCCACAUCUUCAAGUGAAAGCAUCGCUAAGGAAUUUGGCACAACCACGUUUUAUACCAUCCACACGACCUUAGGGGUGAACAUCAUGAAGCUGUCAUAUAAUGCCUCUCAAAAAGAAGUGCUAAUUCCUGUGAAUGAGGUGUUCACUGUGUUCCCAAAACAGGGGAGCAAUAGAUAUGUCCUUAAGAGCACCGGCCGGACCUACAACCAUCUGAACUGCGCAUACAGUUCAAGCGGAGGCAUCACCUUCCCCGGCCAGAUGAGGCCUUCGCUGCUGGGAGGAGCCGUUCUCCUGCUCAAUGCUGCCACUCUCAGGCUGUUUGCUGGAGCCUAAGCAUUCAGUUAUCCUUCACUUUUCAUCCCUCAAACAGAGCAUUCACCAUGCACGGGGCUAGUCAGCCGUCCAAAGGGACAGGAGAAAAGUAAAAGCAUGGCACUGAUACUUCCUUGCACCAGCUUUGAUGACAUGUUGCUAUGAAGGGAGGCAAAGGAAAAGACCUUUUGUUCUGAAUGCAUCUUACCUGACAGGGCAUGAGCCGUGGCUGCAUGGGUGCUGAAUGCACCAUGUGUGCUGUAAUCACACAUGCAGCUCUGGAUGACCUCAUUAAAAGAUUGCAAAGCUG